AUGGAACUAUUGAAGUUUCUAUCCAAUCACAAUGACGACAUAAAGAAAGCUGAGUUGGGAAAUGCUUUGAAAAACCAUCAAAUGACGGCCCCCAAAAUCCAGAGGCAACUAACUAGUGUUUGUGCUCAUUUGACGACCAAGAAAAUUAUUGCAGAAAUUGUGAGAGAUAAACAAUCGUUUUCUUUACUAGUUGAUGAAUCUCAUGAUGUGGCAGUAAAAGAACAAAUGACUAUUGUUUUUUGCUAUGUGGAUAAAAUAGGUUGUGUUAUUGAACGUUUUAUUGGGAUUGUGCAUGUUAAGAAUACUUCUGCAAAGUCUUUGAAAAUUGCAAUAGAUGCCUUUUUUGUAAAGUAUGGAUUGAGUUUGACAAGUUUACGGGGCCAAGGUUACGAUGGAGCAAGCAAUAUGAGCAAAGUAUUGGGAAUCACAUAUGACCUGUCACAAGCAUUACAAAGAAAAGAUCAAGAUCUUCUUAAUGCCAUGCAGUUUGUACAAAUUUCGAAGUAUCGAUUGCAUAAAUUGAGAAAUGAAGACACUUGCUUCGACAUAUUGUUGAAAGAAGCUUAUGAUCUGUGUAAAGAUAAUGACAUACCAAUCCCGGAGAACAUGGAACAUAAUUUUGGGAGGACAAAACGGGGGAUUGCCCCAAUUACGAAUAAACAUCAUUUUAAGGUGGAAUUGAUGUACACAAUUUUAGAUAACAUUCAAGAAGAACUCAAUAAUCGUUUUGAUGAAGUAAAUAUGAGGCUACUUCAGUGUAUGGAUGUUAGCACCAACGCCGGUUUCACUCAUGUUGAUGGGAUUGCCGAUCUUGCAAAAAAAAUGGUUGAGUUUAAGAAGGAUGUUGCUUACGACAAAGUUUUCUUGCUUAUUAAAUUAGCAUUGGUUUUGCCCAUGGCUACUGCAACAACUGAAAGGGUGUUCUCUGCAAUGAAUAUUGUUAAGAAUACUUUGCGUAAUCAAAUGGGAGACGAGUGGAUGAACAAUUGCUUAGUAGUUUACAUUGAAAAUGAAGUUUUUGCUACAAUUCAAAAUGAAGAUAUCAUUGAACAUUUUCAGAACAUAAUGAAGCGGAAAAUCGUGUUAAAUUGA